AUGGACCCUUUGUUCAACCCCAACAACUCUCAACCAGACUACGGCGCCCACGAUAUGUCAAUGAUGGUUGACGAUGCCGAAAUCGCGCCUGGUGCCUCACAGCCAAUAGCCGACAGCAACUUUUUUUGUAGUUCACCCGCAGCCUUGCAUCAAUCUGAUGAUGAAUAUGCCACCCCCCCUCAUCACAAAAUCCCUUUAGAAGACGUCGACACGAUGAUGUCGAUUUACGACCAGACAGCCGCGACAGAUCCGAGCCGACUGUUCGACGGCGACGAUACCAACUCCACGCCAAACGAUCCACCAGCUGGGUCCUCAGAUACCAGUGAUGAAGACUACAAGCCCUCGGACUUGGGUGCUGGCGACGAGGCGGGCGACGAGGAAAAUGAUGAGGAGCAAGACGAGGAGCCACCAGCUGGGUCCUCGGACGCCGGUGACGAUGACGCCGGUGACGAGGAACAAGGCGACAAUGAAGAGCUCCAGGAGGAUGACCAUGAGCCCUCGGACUUCGGAGAUCGAGAUGGUGAAGGGGAGGAUGAAGAGGACGCUGACGCGGUCAGCGACACGGAUACUGAAGAUCCGGCUGCUCUUCCCCAGCACGGCGGCGGCAAGAGGGACGUUCUAGAUCCCAACGACAUCCUCAAAGAUGGGGCCAAACGAACCAUCAAGCUGACACCGCGAGCUACCAGAACUACGCAAGCCUCAGCAGCACAACGAGACCCCAUAGGGAAAAUCCCAGCACUGCGACUUGACCCGGACGGGGAGGAGAUGAUGUCGCCACCCCCAUCCCCGUCACCACAGCGGCCACGAGCGUCUGCCCUAUCCUCAGCACCUCUCGACCACGGCGAGAUCCACUGGUCCCCGUCACCACGAGCGUCUCCUCCAGCCCUAGCACCCCUUGACCACGGCGAGAUCCACUGGUCCGACGGACCCGAGGGUCCUGUCAUUAGCUUGCGCAUUGUCAAUACCGCGGAGGACGACCCGGAACAUGAUGUCUACAAAAUACCGAUCACAGAUAUCAGAGAGCAACCCAAGUCGGGGCUCCUUGCCGUAUCGCGAUACCUUCUUGACCACGUAGCGGGGCAGAAAAACGAUCCCGCCGACUAUGGCAUCAUCUUGCCCAAGCGACCAAUUGCGCUCAGGACGGCAGACGAGAUUGAUGAUGACAGGGAAGAGGAGGAAGAAUACGAUGUCAACCAGCUCUCACCUCGCCGCCCUGGCAGGCUUCUCACACAAGCACUCGACAUGGUGGAUUGCGGCAUCGGGCUCCUAGAUCCCAUUCGCCGAAGCCUCGCGGAACUCGCAGGAGUAUCGGAGAAUUUCAUUCAAGCUAGGUGGGAUAAAAGGAAGGGGGGUACAGGCAAAGGCUUAGGACAAGGUCGAUGGCGAGCAUGGGUUCGCUACUACCACAGCAAACCGGCCAUCAUCAUGGAACGCACUGGAGUGACUUUGCAGGAAGGCGAGGAAAAGUGGCACAACUCCGUGGCGUCUCGGUGCUACGACCGAUUCAAGCAGCUCUUCCCCGACACACACGCCGAAAUCAUUGACAACCUGACCGCGUUGGCCGAAUUGGAACGCCAACCGCAGACCGUGCAUCAACGUGGGGGGCAAUGGGACGAGUACUGCCGAGAUUUGAGAGAAUUAAUGCAGCGUGGCCACGAGUUGGGAUUCGAGACUUACGCCGUCGCUGGCGGCUCGAACAUCCAUCAAGACAAAGGCCUUAGCUUCAUUCACGAGACGCAGUUCGCGGAGGGGUUCUUAGCAAAGAAGAUGGGCAAGAAGCACAGUGAUCACCUAGCCCAUUUUAUCUCUUACAUUCAAAACAAAGUAUCCGACGCCAUUCUCGAGGACGAGGACGAGGAUGAUCCCAAGGGUACGAAGCCAUCAAAGCCAUCAAAGCCAUCAAAGCCCUUGAAGCCCACAAGGUCCACAAGGUCCGCGAAGCCUAUGAAGGCCACGAAGGCCUCGACUUCGAAGAACCCCCCCUCGGUCAUAUCUAUCUCAAGUGAACACGCUGACCCCCCCGGCGAAGGCUUGGCCAAAGUAGGUGAUCGUUAUCACCAAGCACGGCAUGCCCUGUCGGCUGCAGCUGCACCCGUGGGCCUUUCCCUCAACGUGAAUCAAUUCCCCUGGAGCACGAUGCCGGGGGUACUAGCCAACGCAGGAGUGCGCAUCGUCAAUUACCCCGUUGGCGUCAUAUUUCCAGGGCACGAGAAAGACAAGCAGCGAGGCAUUACAGCGGCUAGCGCAGUCCACAUCGACUCCAUCCUCGAGCACCUCAGUCCGUCGGCCGCACAGCAAAUCAGAUUCGAGCUAAUCCCGGAUGCUGUCGUAAAACGCUACGCUGAUAAACGCGGAAAGCUGCCAGUUAUCAUCAACGCGGCACCGCAGCCUCAAUCAAAAAUCGUGCGGGGCUCCCGAUUGCUUGCCGACUCUAGCGUAGAUGAUCAAGGCCCUUGGCGACUCAAGCCCGGGGAUCAGGAGGACUCUCCAAACUUUGUGGAGUCUAUUGACGAAGAUGGACCGUCCAAGGCACGGACACGCAUUCGGAAACGCAAGGAGCGGGCUCUACUUAGUGAGUCAGAUGCGCCUGAGCCUAGCGAAGCAGAGCGGCGCGUGCUGCGUUCCGAACGGAAAGGCAAAGGCAAGGCUCGUGCCACUGGCACUGAAUCAGCCCUCAGCGUCUCUGAUGAGGACUCCCGUGGCGUACAGCACAAAAGGCUGCGACGCCAGGAAGCCUCGCCUGAUACGGCAAUCGAAGUCAAGACCCCUCAGGGGAUCUUGAACAAGCAGCCUGCAGGCAGCCAUGAUGCCCUUCCGCCGUUGAAGAAAGCGCGAUCAGUAGUCGAAGUGGUGAUUCCUACGCCUCGCAAGAGGAUGCCUGAUGCGACCAGCACGCCGAUGCCUGAUGCGACCAGCACGCCGAUGCCUAUCAUUAAGGCGACCUCGAAAUCCAAGAGUCAAGCCGCGGCACCAGCUGAGGCAGGCUCAUCGAAGGACGCCGCACCUGUCCCCGCUCCUACUGGGCCACCCAGGAAGGCCUCGAAAGCGACGGCACCAGCUGAGGCAGGCUCAUCGAAGGACGCCGCACCUGUCCCCGCUCCUACUGGGCCACCCAGGAAGGCCUCGAAAGCGACGGCACCAGCUGAGGCAGGCUCAUCGAAGGACGCCGCACCUGUCCCCGCUCCUACUGGGCCACCCAGGAAGGCCUCGAAAGCGACGGCACCAGCUGAGGCAGGCUCAUCGAAGGACGCCGCACCUAUCGCCCCUGUCCCCGCUCCUUCUGGGCCACCCAAGAGCUCAUCAAAGGAUGCCGCGCCUGUCCCCGCUCCUACCGGGCCACCCAAGAAGGCCACGCCUGCCGCCAGCACCUCGAAAGCUGAGAAGUCGUCCAAAGCUGCAGCGCACGCCGAGGUACCUGACCCCAAGGCCCCCAGAGCUGCGGCAGCCCGCCCCACCACCGAAGCUACCAACCCCUCAGAUGUGGGACCGAAGGCGGCGCCACUCGCCACCUCGAAAGCUGAUUCAGCACCUAAUGCGGCCUCGCAGGUGGAACCCGGGUUGAAGCCAAUCUCUGGCUCAAAAGGUGAAGCCAAGGCUCGUCAACGCAGCAGCUUGAAAGACGACGCGAAAGGUGCGACGAAGGCCCGACGAACCAGCACUACGAAACCGCCAAAGGCAGCUGUCAGUGUCGCAGAAGCGCCUGCGACCUUGAGUCCCGGGACUUCGAAACAAAGACCCUCGAACGCAAGUGCAGAUGGCGCACCUGAAGGAGUCGCCGAAGCCUCGCUCACCACUCCUGAAGGCGAUGGUGGAACACCAACUUUCCGCCCCGUUCCCCGCCGCCGCCUGCCACCAUCAACCUCGUUAGGAGACCUUGACAGUGUUCCCCCAUACGAGGGCCUGCCCCGAAGGACGACAUUUCCGGUCCAAGUUGGCGGAUAUGGCCGCACAUCUGAGGACGAUCUUGGUAGCAAUCAGGGCAUUCCCCGGGCCGACGCUCGACUCGAUCCCUCAGAGCCCCGUGUCCACGACUAUCGCCGGGAGCAAGAGUAUCGCCGGGAGCAAGAGUAUCGCCGGGAGCAAGAGUAUCGCCGGGAGCAAGAGUAUCGCCGGGCGUUCUACCCUCGCCCAGCCCGAUCGAUUGCAGGCUCACACACCGGGAGCAUGGGGGAGCUUGACGGGCGAGAAUACAACAGUGGCCCCAGCUACGAACACCACGACUACCUACGAAGCCGAGAACCCUUCGAUUACCCUGCCCACAGCCGUGACCACAGUCAUGAUGAGUAUCCUGGGUACGAGCGAGUCGGCGAGCAUGCAGACGAGGCACAUCGCCGUCCUUACCCCCCACAUGGCCGUGAACGUAGUCAUGAGCGCCCUGACGGCCCCCGCGGACGCGCCUUCGAGCAACACGAAAACGAGCCAAAUUGCCGCCCCUACCCCUCACGCAGCCGCGAACGUAGCCACGAGCCCAAUGACGGCGGCCCCGCUUUCGUACCACAUGAAAACGAGCCAAACCGCCGCUCCCGUGGUUACCCAUCAGACGACUAUCCAAGAGCGCGCGACUUCUACCCUCAAGAUCGGAGGCACAACUACUAUGAUCGCCCCUUUGGUACUCGCUAUCCCUCUGAUUACGACUUCGACCCGCGCAACCCUCGCGACGCUGGAUUCCACGAACCCUCGUACUACUAUCGGGACGGCUACGGAGACAUGUACAGGGAGAGACGUAGGCCCGAGGGCUAUCGCGUCCGCCCACAGUCUCCAUCUCGUGCCAGGUCCCCCAGCAUCGCUCCUGCUGGUGCUCCUUCCGAAACGGAGGCAACAGAGCCAUAG